AGAAGUCUCUUCUGUUGAUCUCUGAAGCACUUGAUAAAAUAUGUGACUCGAGUUUCAAGUAUUAAUUUUAUAUGACUCAAUACUUGGUCAAACAAGAGGAUACAUAAUCUUAUCUACUGAAUAAAGAUGGCUUGGUGCCUAAGCAGAUCAGAAUUACAUAGACUGUUUAGGCUUCAACUAUAUGUACAUAUAUAGUAGGAAUAAGAAGAUGAGCAGAAAGAAAACGAAUAUGGAGGAAGUGAAGGUAAUAGGAUUCUGGGCAAGUCCAUAUGUUUACAGGGUUACAUGGGCUCUGAAUCUCAAGGGAGUCAAAUAUGAAUAUCAAGAAGAGGACAUAUUCAACAAGAGUGGUUUGCUUCUUCAGUACAACCCGGUGCACAAGAAGGUUCCAGUGUUUGUUCAUGGUGGAAAGCUGAUUGCAGAGUCGAGUGUCAUUCUGGAGUACAUUGAAGAGACCUGGCCGCAGAACCCUCUGCUUCCAACAGACCCUCAUGCGAGGGCCAUGGCUCGAUUUUGGACAAAGUUUCGAGAUGACAAGAAGCCGGACCUUUACGGAUUCUUUAAAAGAGCUGGAGAAGAGCAAAUAAAAGCAGCAAAAGAAGCCCAGGAGUGUCUGAAGAUCCUAGAAGAGCAUGGCCUUCAGGAGAAGAAGUUCUUUGAUGGUGACAAGAUUGGAAUGACAGACUUAUCCAUGGGAUGGCUAGCAUUCUGGUUUGAGGCCAUGGAAGAAGCAGCUGGUGUACAAGUUCUGGAAGCCAAUAGCUUCCCUCGCUUGCACGCAUGGAUUAGAAAUUUCAAGGAAGUUCCUGUGGUUAAAGAAAAUCAUCCUGACCAAACUCGGCUGUUAGCCUAUUUCAAAUGGCUAAGGGAGAUGUAUAACAAGCCAGCAACUACUUGAUCUCGUACUUGUAAUUUCAAACAGCACAAAUACCAGAUAAGAACAACGGUUGAAACAGAACCAAAAAAACAAGGAAUGAUAUCAGUGAAUAGUUUUAAUCACAUCAAGUUUAUCUUUGAAACUCUGUAUAAGCUUCACAAACCCUUCAUCAAUGCCAGAUGACAAGCUUUUGUGAAAUAAAUGAACAAAGGUUCCCAAUAUAUAUUCUCGAUUUGGUGAAACUUGAGGAAAUAGAAAACAGCGGCAAGGAGAUCAGAAUAUUCAAUAAAAA